GCUCUUCCCCACUAUAUAAAUAGCGGCCAGGCUCAUUCGUUUACGCCCCAAAAUCAAAAAGCCAGCGUCCUUUACUUGAUCUUGCCCUGUGCUUUUGCUGUGUACCCCCUUUCAAUUAUCAGUACUACCCAAACCAUGAGAAGUGACAUAGAGAGUAUCUGGGUCUUUGCCCUUGCAUCCAAAUGCCGGGCUUUUUCUCAGGAAAACAUUGCAUGGUCAAUUUUGAUCAUAGCUCUCGCCUGGCUAGCCAUGACCCUAGUCUAUUGGGCUCACCCUGGUGGUCCAGCUUGGGGCAAAUAUAGGUUCAAAAAGUGCUCCCCUCUUUGGGUUGUUGCUAAUAAGCAAAUCCCAGGGCCUAGAGGGUUGCCUCUGACUGGCAGCAUGAACCUCAUGGCCAGCUCCCUGGCUCACCACCGGAUUGCUGCCGCCGCUGAGACAUGCAAAGCCAAGAGGCUCAUGGCCUUUAGCCUGGGUGAUACUCGUGUUAUUGUCACGUGCAAUCCCGAUGUAGCGAGGGAGAUUCUUAACAGCUCUGUAUUUGCUGAUCGUCCAGUGAAAGAGUCGGCUUACAGCUUGAUGUUCAACAGAGCAAUUGGGUUCGCUCCUUAUGGAGUUUACUGGCGAACCUUGAGGAGAAUCGCGGCUACACACCUUUUCUGUCCUAAGCAAAUCAAAGGUGCAGAGGAUCAGCGACGCGUGAUUGCCUCUGAAAUGGUGGCCUUAUUGGGUCACCAUAGCCAAAGCUUCCGCGUACGUCAAUUGCUCAAACAAGCUUCUCUAAACAACAUGAUGUGUUCGAUAUUCGGACGAAAAUAUACGUUAGAUUCUUCCAGUAAUGAAGUCGAAGAACUUCGGGCUCUAGUGGAUGAAGGAUACGAUUUAUUGGGCACAUUAAAUUGGUCGGACCAUCUUCCUUGGCUAGCAGAUUUUGACCCCCAAAAGAUCCGAGUUAGAUGCUCAAAACUGGUACCUAAAGUGAACCGCUUUGUCAGCAGAAUUAUAUCCGAACACAGGGCUCAACCAAACGGGAAAACUCGAGAUUUCGUUGACGUUUUGCUCUCUCUCCAAGGUGCCGAUAAAUUAUCAGACUCUGAUAUGAUCGCCGUUCUUUGGGAAAUGAUAUUCAGGGGAACUGAUACGGUGGCGGUCCUCAUCGAGUGGAUACUAGCUAGGAUUGUGCUUCAUCCUGAUGUUCAGUCAAGGGUCCAUGCUGAGCUUGACAACGUUGUUGGCAGAUCAAGAGCCGUAGACGAGUCUGAUGUGAUGAACUUGAUCUAUCUCCAGGCUGUGAUCAAGGAGGUUCUGAGGCUUCAUCCACCGGGCCCACUGCUCUCCUGGGCCCGCCUAGCUAUCACUGAUACAACUAUAGAUGGGUAUCACGUGCCAGAGGGGACCACGGCAAUGGUGAAUAUGUGGGCCAUCACAAGGGACCCCAAAGAGUGGGCGGACCCACUUGAAUUUAUGCCCGAUAGAUUUGUGACUAAAGGUGGUGAGGUGGAGUUUUCUGUGCUUGGAUCGGACCUUAGGCUGGCUCCAUUCGGUUCGGGCAGGCGCACAUGCCCCGGUAAGAACUUGGGGUUGACCACCGUCGGCUUUUGGGUGGCAUCCCUUUUGCACGAGUUUGAAUGGCUUCCAUCCGAUCAGACCACUGUUGACUUGUCCGAGGUUCUGAGGCUAUCUUGCGAGAUGGCUAAUCCUUUGAGUGUUAGAGUUCACCCCAGGCGUAGGAUAAGCCUAUCUCAGUAAGGUUAUUACUAGCAUUAUCACAUGGAAAACGAGACCCAAAAAGCAAAAAAUGGAAUGGAAAGACAAAAAUACUAGCAGUAGUAGUUUUAUGCAGGGGAGUCCACAAAAUCUAAACCCUUGAUAAUGUUGUCUUGGUCGUGUCUAUUGAGUGUCGGGUUUUUAAUUUUUAUUUGUUUUUAACCGCUGUAAAUAUGGGUGAGUGACUGGAAGUAAUACAACUUUCCCAAGUAUUAUUACGGUC